AUGUCCAGUCCGAUCCCCAACGUUCUCGUGCUCUCCACCGAUGACCUGACCAACCAACUGCAACCCAAGCGGCUGCGCGUGUCGCGCGCCUGCGACGUGUGCCGGCUCAAAAAGGUGCGGUGUGACGGCCGCCAGCCCUGCAUCCACUGCACCGUGUACUCGUACGACUGCACUUAUAACCCGUUGCAUCGCAGCCGCAAGCGUUCCAAGGCCGCCUCGCAAGCGUCGCGUGCUGCCACCACGGCCAAGCAGGUCGCGGUGCCUGUGACCACCACCGCGGCGCCAGCGGCCGCUGGCGCUGGCGGUGUCGUCGCGGCUGCGUCGCAAUCGACGCGCGACGUGGGCGCGUCGUCCGACCGCUACGCGCGGCUGCUCUCGUGCGUGUUCCCCGAACUCAACCUCGAAGCUGCCACCGCGGACCCCAACCGGUUCCGCGACCUGAUCGCCCGCAACAAGUUUCAGGGCCUGCUCAACGUGGGCGCCGUGGCCGCCGCGCUCUCGGACCGGCCGCCGCUGGCGCCCAGCUCGCGCUCGGGCUCUACCGACGACGAACCCCUACGCGACGAUGACUCGUCGUCCCAGGCCAUGGUCCAGGUCAAGAUCAUGCUUCCGCCCCGCGACAUCGCGCAGAAACUCAUCCUCAAGAGCUGGCAUUGCGCGUGCGUCCUGUUCCGCUUCUACCAUCGCCCCAAUUUCAUGCGCAUUUUCAACAGUCUCUACGAAACGAACCCCGAGGACUACACCGAUGAGCAAAACAAGGCCCUGCCGCUCAUCUACUCCGUCAUAGCUGUGGGCGCGCUUUUUUCCAAAGAGGACUACAACGCCGACGACGUGGCCGCGCGUGACUUCUUCCAGGACGAAGGCUACAAGUAUUUCAUCGAGGCGAAAAAGCUAAUCGACGUCACCAACGCCACCGACAUCCAGGCCAUUCAGACCAUAUUCAUGCUCACAAUCUUUUUGCAGUGCUCUGCCAAGCUCACCACCUGCUACUCGUACAUCGGGGUCGCUUUGCGGUCUGCCAUGCGCGAGGGCCUCCAUCGUAAAAUCACCAACCCCAAUCUGUCGCCCGUCGACCUCGAGACCAAGAAACGGCUCUUUUGGACCAUUUACAAAAUGGACGUGUACAUGAACUGUAUUCUGGGCUUGCCCUCCUGUCUUUCCGAGGAGGACGUGGAUCAAGAACUACCGGGUGAUUAUGAUGACGACAGAAUUACAGAAAAUGGUAUCGAUCCUCAACCGUGGGGCAAGAUUAGCAGUUGUGGCAUGAAUAACGAGCACACAAAGCUCAUAAUGAUCAUGAAACACAUCUACGAAAAAGUCUACCGCCACAGAAAUGAAGCCCACUCUGCUUCUUUGACUUUCGACAAGAUCAACAGUGUCCAAACCGAGCUCAAUAACUGGUCCAUGGCUUUACCUUUACAACUUAAACCUAAUUACAACUUUGUCGACCCGCAAGAGGAAUCCCUGUAUCUACAAGCAAACAAGUUCUUGCAUUUGGAUUAUCUUCACGCCAACAUCAUGCUCUAUCGGCCCUUUAUCCAUAAUUUCACUUCUGAUCCUAAACAAUUCCCUCACUUGGUGUUUGAAAUUUCAAUGGCUCACAAUUGCAUUAAAACUGCUCAAGAAAUUGUACAACUUGCGUGCGAAAUGGUUAACAAAAAAGUUUUAAGUGGUAGCUACUGGUUCUCGGUUCAUACUAUAUUCUUCAGUGUGGCGUGUUUGAUUUAUUUCACGCAUCAGUUGCAUCUUAAGCGUCCCACCAGCAUCGAAAAGUCUGUUUUAGACGGCAUCCAACGCGAUCUCAAACUCGGAAUUGAUGUGCUACUGAAAUUGAAAAACUCAUCCAUGGCCUCUGAGCGUACUUUCAACGUGUUAAACAAGCUUUUCGAAAAACUGAACGAAAAAACUGUCGCGCGCUAUGUUAAUGAACUCGACAAAUUACAACUUUCGCCAACAGAUUCAAGUGACGCCAAUCCGAUGCUCUCAGACAUACCGACCAAAUUUUUCGAUACAACUCCUCAAAGUACAAUGAAUAUUCAAGCAAAUCUCGCAACUCUUCCGUCAGACGUCUCAACUAAUAUGAACUCUGCCAAUUUUUCCAAUGGCCCUGGUUUUCUCCCAGAUUCUGAAUUCUCCCAAGCGUUUGACUCUUCGUUCAAUCUCGAUAAUAACUUAUUCUUUAACGGAAUUUUCGACGAAUGGGAUUCAUUAUUGGACAAGAGUGCCUCUGAUAAUUUCUCAUCUCAAGAUGAAUUGGCAAAGUCCCAAUGA